GGUUUGUAGCCCUAAAAUUCAUCAACCUCAGAAAAACAACGGACACACGACUGACAGUAGUCGAACUCUCUGUUUUGCAAAAGGAAGAACAUCAGAGUGUGAAGUAGGCAACCAGCUGCUAGAUCGAAGUAAAACAAAGCAUUUGAAUUUGAUCAAUCUACUUUCUCUUUAUGGCGGUUGAAAGACUUUUUAAAGAUGAAGCUACAGAAGAAAAGGGUGAAAGAGCCCGAAUGGCAUCCUUUGUUGGAGCCAUGGCGAUAGCUGACUUGGUAAAGACAACAUUAGGACCCAAGGGAAUGGAUAAAAUAUUACAGUCAACAGGUAGAGGACAUAGUGUGACAGUGACUAACGAUGGUGCCACAAUCUUAAAGUCCCUUCAUAUUGAUAACCCUGCUGCUAAGGUCCUCAUUGAUAUCUCAAAAGUGCAAGAUGAUGAAGUGGGUGAUGGGACUACUUCAGUGGUGGUUUUGGCUGGUGAACUUUUAAGGGAGGCUGAGAAAUUGGUAGCCACAAAAAUUCAUCCGAUGACAAUAAUAUCAGGUUACCGUAUGGCUGCUGACUGUGCCCGAAAUGCAUUGUUACAAAGGGUGGUGGAUAACAAAGAAGAUGCAGAGAAAUUUAGGUCAGACUUAAUGAAGAUUGCAAAGACCACAUUGAGUUCUAAAAUUCUUUCACAAGACAAGGAACAUUUUGCAACAUUGGCUGUUGAUGCUGUUAUGAGGCUAAAAGGUAGCACAAACUUGGAGUCGAUCCAGAUCAUCAAGAAGGCUGGAGGUUCACUAAAGGACUCCUUUUUGGAUGAAGGAUUUAUUCUAGACAAAAAGAUUGGUCUGGGACAACCAAAACGCAUAGAAAACGCAAACAUUCUGGUAGCAAACACAGCAAUGGACACGGACAAAGUGAAAAUCUACGGGGCCCGAGUCCGAGUCGACUCAAUGGCCAAAGUUGCUCAAAUCGAAGGAGCCGAGAAGGAAAAAAUGAGAGAGAAAGUUCAAAAAAUCAUCGGCCAUGGCAUCAAUUGCUUUGUUAACAGACAAUUAAUCUACAAUUUCCCCGAGGAGUUGUUUGCAGAUGCAGGAAUUCUUGCAAUCGAGCAUGCUGAUUUUGAUGGAAUCGAGCGCUUGGCUUUGGUUACUGGUGGUGAAAUUGCAUCCACUUUUGAUAAUCCUGAAUCUGUCAAACUUGGUCAUUGUAAACUGAUUGAAGAAAUUAUGAUUGGUGAAGAUAAGUUGAUUCACUUUUCGGGUGUUGAAAUGGGUCAGGCAUGUACCAUUGUUUUGAGAGGUGCAAGUUUUCAUGUACUGGAUGAGGCGGAAAGGUCUCUGCACGAUGCGUUAUGUGUGCUGUCUCAGACGGUAAAUGACAGCAGGGUUCUUCUGGGCGGCGGGUGGCCGGAGAUGGUGAUGGCAAAGGCGGUGGAUGAGCUGGCGCGUAAAACACCCGGGAAAAAAUCACAUGCGAUUGAUGCUUUUUCAAGGGCCCUACUUGCAAUCCCAACAACUAUUGCUGACAAUGCUGGACUAGACAGUGCUGAGUUGAUCGCUCAACUUAGGGCAGAGCACCACAAAGAGAACAGCAAUGCUGGGAUUGAUGUCAUUACUGGCUCUGUUGGAGAUAUGUCUGUGCUUGGGAUAUCAGAGGCGUUUAAGGUGAAACAGGGUGUAUUGCUGUCUGCAACUGAGGCUGCAGAGAUGAUUCUAAGAGUUGAUGAGAUCAUCACAUGUGCCCCCAGAAGGAGAGAAGACAGAAUGUGAACAGCAUAAUGAUAUGUUGCCAUGUCAUCUCAUCAUCAAUGCUGUUUAUGAAAUAUGUUUAUGUGCUUAUUGACUAAAAUGGAUGUGGAAAACUGUUUUGUGGCUUGGUUUUGUUAUCGUACUCAUCCAUAAGUGGACUCAUUAGAUGCCUACUUGAUGGAACUUUUUGUUUGAUUGUGUUUGCAUCUACCAAUUUUCAAGUAUCAAAU